AGGGCCUACACACGCUUCAAUUCCUUCAUCUCAUCCCAAGACUCGGUCAAUGGCGCUGCAGCUGGAUCGUGAAGGCUUGUCUGUCACCGUCGACCUCGAGGCUGCCGUAUCCAUUCCAGCCAUCCGCGCUCCGACAUCUCACAGCUCCCAGCGGUCACCGUUAAAUGAACCUCGACCAGCUCGCACUUGAGACUCUCCCUUCUCGUCCUCGCAGGCACGACCCUAUCGAUCCCUCACAGGACGAGGGAACCCCUCUACAUUCUUUGAAAGCUCCGAGUCUUUCGUCCACUCCUUCAGAAGGCGACUGGGGCCCAUCUUUUACUCUUCCUCCUUUACCGAGCCUCCGUCGCGACCGCGAUCCAUUGGGAAAGCCUCACUCCCCAGAGUUCCAACGUCAGCGAGCGGAGAGUGGUGCAUACUACGCCGCUGCUUGGGGCUCGCCUUACGCUACACCGAGUCCUCGUAGAAGCCCUCGUCCGGCGGAUUGGUCUGCGCAGCCAAGUGGAAUCCAAGACACUCCUCGAGCGACUUCAGCCGUGCGACAUUCGAGCCCUCUCUCCAUACGAGCGUCCGCCGAGAGUCCCGAACCUCAUAAUCGACACCCUACCUCUUCGGAAAAGAAACUGCGGUUGAAGACGAAGGUGCUGAAUCCGCUUUCCGAAAAACCCAUCUGGCUGAGCGACUCGGAGGACACGGGCUCGGAGAUUACUGCGAAAGAGGAGGACAAAACGCCAACUCGUCGAGCAUAUCUUGACAAUUGGGGUAUCUCGCCUGACGACGCUGUGACUCGACGUUCCCGCAGACGUCAGCUUAGCGCAAGCCUUGCGACACUCACUCCGGGUACCUUCCAUGACGCCAACCCUGCGGUAGGCGGAUCAGGCUAUCGACCCCAACCGCUAUCUCCUGCGGCAGAGAACAUCAUGGCCGAGCAGGAGUCGGAAGCUGCCGCGACAGCGUCGAAGCCUCUGCCAGAUCUCCCGUCUCGGGACCCUGCGGCGGAUGAGAACCUGAAAGCAACAGACAGCCCGGUUUCGGAGCAGCGCCCUCGGGUGACAUCCAUGCAGUCUUAUCAACGACCUAAAAAGAAGGUGAUUUGGAAGGGCAAGGCUUGCAUCAUCGCGCUGCCACUCACUGACCGAGAAGCUGCGGGGCUACCGCCUCUUGUCACGCCCCAGGAUAUCAAAGAGCGCAUAGAAGCAUGGACCAAAGCUGGCUACAACACUAAUGGUUUCGAGCUCACGGAUUCUGCAAGUGGCGUGCCUCUGGGUGGGGGCGGGCAGAGCCGGCCAGUCUACCCCGAUCCCACAGAGAUGCAGGCUGAACGAACGCUGCGCCGUUAUCAGGUCCAUAUUCCAAACCAAGCGGAAUGGGACGCGUGGGUCAAUCACCUUAAGGAGGAGAAACUUCGCGCAUUGGGUGUAAGUCCAAGUAACUCGGAGGCACCACCAUCGACGAAGUCACCAUUCUCAACCUCGUUAAGUCGUGUCUCGUCGGGAUAUCCUGGCCUUGCAGCUUCACCUCCAGUUGCCUCGUCGUCGUCAGCGAGCAAUCCACUUCGGGCGACGAGCAACCCCUUUUCACCUUCUCUGAUGUCGUCCGGAGGAAUCAGCCCGCAAUCAAUAUCUAUGACAUCCCCUCAGUUCAACGGUAUGCCAAGACCGCUGCAAGGACAUGGGUACAAGCAAUCUGUCGCGCAUCCGAACUCUUAUGGCCGAAUUACAUCACCAUUUGACGGGUCUGUCUCCCAGGCAAGCUCCCUUGGUUAUGGAGCUCGACCAAAUAUACCACCUCUAUCUUCACGGCAAAGCAGCUUCUCCCCCAAUCAUCCUAUACAAUUGCCUAAUCUAGGCGAAGUCCUGUCCCCGCAACUAAAGCCGCGUGGUCCUGGCCAGAAUGUGAACCUCUUACCCGAACAGAAGCGAUACGGUCAAGGACAAUCGGAGGAUCAUUUAGUGUCUAGCCAUCGACAUCCACCGGGGCUCAGUCCUGCUCUCUCACAACAUGCUGACUCCAACUUGCGGACACCAGAUCCACGUGGACCGUCACCCCCAUCGAUUGAGAUUGCACAUCCCACACCAAAGAGCCAUCGACAAAACCUCAGUAUGGCUCUACAGCGGGGCAUUGACGAAGCAGAGGCCGCAUCUCGAGAGCGACACGCGGGAACCGAUGGUGACGAGCCGCAGAGUGCGCAGAUAUCGUCCAGGAAGAACUCAAUGAUGGAUGAAGAACCUCCCAUCCUCAGAAGACCAGAGACGAUGUCAACGGCAGAUGAGAGAUCAGAGAUUGAGACCAAUCCGAGCAUUGCAGCGACCCCGCUGCUUAUGGACGACAAGAACCCUUUCAUGAACUGGCAGGCACUGAGCGAUGCGGCCAAAGCAGAAUCGAAACCCGCCACUGAGACCAAUCUGUCGACCACCAAGCUUAAUGUGCAGGCGAAAGAAUUCGACCCUCAGGCCGGGUUCUCAAGCUCGAACUUUACAUUCGGAGCAAACAACGACACCGCUCCGUUCGCUUUCUCCCAGCCAUCACAGGCUCCAGUGUCACGAAAAUCCUCUGCCAAGAACCGACUGUCACUCAACGCAGAUGCUCCAGCUUUCACACCCUCCUUCAUCUCUCAGAGUACGCCCAAGGAAACAGCUUUCAAAUUUACUUCUGCAACUUUCAACGUGGAAGCACCGGUCUUCAAUCCUUCCAAAUCGGCAGCGACGAACUUGCUGGGAAAUGUGGGUUCGUCUGGUUCACCAGAACCCAAUGCCACCAACAGCAUAUUUGGCACCGUGGUCAUCGACCCUAGUUCCAAAGUAUGGAGAAGACCGGCCAAACCUAUUCCUAUUCAGCCACCGAAUCCCAAAGAAAUGGGAGAGAAAAGCUCGGCUUCAAGUGAAGACGAGGACGACUCGGAUUCCGGCCGACCAAUGGCACCGACUGAUAGGCAGAAGCGUGCUCGACGAACAGAUAGCGAUGGCGAUAGAACUCCAGUAUAUGCUGACUCGGCGCCGUUCCGCCACGAACGGAUUCUGUCCGAGAUUGUGGACGAUAUUGACCAGAACGGUCCACCACCGGAAAGCCCGAAGAAGUCCCUCGACGGCUGGUCUUAUAUUCCUGCUGAUGAAGAACCCUUGGAAAGUUUGCCUGAACCACCGUCGGCGGAGAAGGAUGACGAUGCGACACAUGAGAGUGAUAAGGAGUUUACCAUGAAGAACCAGGAUGAUGUUGCCAAAUUCAACGAAGCUCGGCCGCCCUUCGACGCCCCACCCGUGUCCUCUACUGAAAAGGACGCUCAAGACGAAGCGAUAGAAGAGCCGUCCACGUCUCCAAAAACAGAACAGAUGCUGAGAGCACAAGUUCGGAAGCCCAAAUCAUCCUUGUCGGCGCUUGCGAAGCCAUUCGAGUUCAAGACCCUUUCGUCCAGCCCACACCCAUCAUCUUCAGCAAAGACACCUGCCCUACGUCAAGGACUAGAAGCAUCGAGAUAUGCGGCAUCUUCAAGCCCACCACAAUCCUCGGCUGAUCUUACGGCUAGUCUUUCUUCUCCUCCGGCAGAUUUGUACCACUAUGUUGAGAAACACACUCAGUCUGUCAGCGACGAAGACGAUGUCGUCGAGGUCAUCGAAGAACCGUCGACUGAGGAAGACGCAGAGCACCAAGAAGUGGCCGCAACGGUAGAUGAUCAUCCAGAAAUGCUUGAAAGCCAAAUGCAGGCCGAUCACGAAGUGCCCGAGGUGCAAGGACAACCGCAUCAAGACGAAGUUGAGCUCGACAUGCCACGACUGCCAUUGCGCCAUCAAGAUGACCCUCUGCCUUCCUUCGAAGAGAUUGAUGCUGUGAUGAAGCAGUUCGAAGUGCAUCCCGAACUUGGUAUUGAGCGCAAUGAUACGCCUAUCCAGUCUACCCCCCUGGUUGACAUGCAUCUGGGUGGAAACUUUCGCAGCGAUGCGCCCAGCCCCAGCCCACCACGGCCUCGAGGUCGGGACGGUCAUGGGGAUUUAUCAUAUCCUCCAUCGAUUGGUCUGGGCAUUGGAGUUCACAACCUCAACACAGGCAAAGCAAACGUCAGUGAUUGGGAUGAUACACUGCCGGCCGCGGAAGCGGCCAAAGUGCAACUUCGGUCGCAAUUCUUCGAUGGACAUGUUAACGACUUGGUGGAUGGCAUACUAGAGAACCGUCUGGGCCCACUUGAGCGGACGCUUCAGACCAUCCAACAUUCUUUGGCUCUCAUGGCGACAGGCUCGAGGCCUAAGAGUAGUGGUCGUAGUAUGUCCACUGACGUCAAGAACUCAGAUGCCGACGACGAGGACGACUACGACGCUUUCGAAGGGUUUGCUUCAUACAGGGCGAGAUCUCCGAAUGCAAGAAGGAAUGGACGAAAACAAGACAAGAUCCGUGCCGCCGUUGCCGAGGCUCUUGCUGCAUAUCAACCUCCUCAGGCAGCACAAUCUUCGAUUGAUGUGACGGAGUUCAGUGCGAUUGUGCAGGAAAUGAGAGAGUUGGCGCAGCAAGCAGGAUCUAAGAAUACCCAAAACCAGCUCAAAACGAUUGUCGAAGAUGUCAUUUCUCAUCAUCCUCGAUUACGUGGUUCGCGUGUGCAACAGGAGCAUGAGUCUGCAGAACAGAAGUACAAGCCUCAAAUUGAUGGGCUAGAAAGUAUGUUGAAGAUUUCCAAAGAGCACGCCGCAGAGGAAGUUCAACUUCGCAGGAAGGCGGAGGCAGAAGUGACUGAGCUGAGACUUCGCCUGCGUAUGGCAGAGGAAGAAGCUGCACAGCACCGCGAAUCAUCCGAGGAAGCUCAGCAAACUCUGGUGGCCUUUGUCGAAGAGAAGAAGUCAUAUGAGAAAGUCCGAAGUGAAGUUGAAGCUCUGAAUCUCAAGAAUGCAGCAUUGGAGAGCACCCUCGAGGAAUACCGAGUAUCGAGUGAUGAAUGGCGUGAAGACAUCCGUGCUGAACGCGAGAAGAACAAGGAGCUCAAGAGCGCGUUGCAAGACCUUCAACAGCACUUCGAAGAUCAGUCCCAUUCCCGACAAUCUCUUCGGAAUAAGGUUGAACGCCUGCAGACGCAAAUGACUCGAGCUGUUCAAGACUUGCACGCGGAGCAAGCCGACUGGCGCCACAAGGAGCACGAUUUGCUGCACAAGCUUGCUCAGCUACAACAUGAACUCGAUCGUGAGCAACAAUAUCGCCAAAAGACCGAAGAAGAACUUCAUUCUCUGGAAGAAGAGCAUAAGGCCAAUCUGCCGGUCAAAGCUCAUCUGGAGCAUGCUCAGGCUGACGUGUCAAGAUUGAACGAGCUCGUUGCAUCUCUCCGCGAACAAAACCGGGAUCUUGAUACGAAAGCCUUCAACCUCGAUCGAGAAUUGGCUCAUACCAUCAACACCAAGGAAGCAGAACUCGCAACCGCCACUGCCAAAUUGCAAGCUGAAUUGGAUAGCGCGAGAGGGCAGCUACACAGCAUCAAAACCGACUCUGAAGCUCAAAUCUCCCGGUUGCAGAGUCGUCUUGACCAUGCGGAGCUGGACAUCGAAGAUCAAAAGGCCAAGCAUGACGCUUUGUUGUCAGAAGCCAUCGAGGCACACAAGGAAGCAAUUCGUGAAGCGAACGAGCGGAGAGAAAGCGCGCUUGAAGAUCAACAUCAAGUUCAUGAGAAGAAAUUGAACGACCUUCGCGAUCGCCAUACUCGAGAAUUGCACAACUCUUUCGACAACAGAACCCGACUUGAGCAUCAUUUGAAUGAGAAACUCAGCUUGAGUGACGAUAAGGUGAAACAUCUGGAGAGUAAGAUCGCAGAUCUUGAAGAAAGGCUGGAAAUCACCAAGUCUGCUGCCAGAGCUGCCGUGGAAGCAGCGACUGCCAAGGGCGUCAACCUGCCAACUCCGGCCUCUUCUGUGGUAGCAUCACCUCCACAACGUGCUACUAGCGCCUCCAUCUCGUUCGUCAGAGGCACAGAGAUUCCGGAGAAGAUCUCACCGCAAGCCCUCCGUGAAUCGAUUAUGGUUCUGCAGGAUCAAUUGCAGAACCGCGAGCAGAAGAUCGAAAAGUUGGAGGCCGAGCUUGCAGCGAUCGACAAGGACGCGCCGAACAAACUUAAAGACCGUGAUACUGAGGUUGGUUGGCUCCGGGAGCUGUUGAGUGUGCGUGUGGACGACCUGGAAGAAAUCAUCAACACGACGUCGCAGCCAGAUUUCGACAGAGAGACUGUCAAAGAUGCUGCAAUCAGACUCCGGGCGAACUUGCAGAUGGAACAACAGCUCAGAGAACGUGUGGCAGAUGGGUUGACAAGCUCGUUCCCUUCGAUAUCGACCUUGACCAGUUAUGCGCAGUCACCGCGAGCACUACCAAUGGCCGCCGCAGCAGCGUGGGGGAAUUGGCGAAGAGCAAGAGAUACAUCUAUUGGUGCACUGUCCGAUCUGGCGACCAAUCUAGGUAACCAAACACCUUCCAAGUCAACCAUUGGAAGUCCGGCGAGUUUUCUCUCGGGCAUUAUGACACCGCCUGGAACGACGCAAAAGGUUCCUGGAUCCGCCGAGAUGCCAGCACCUCCGCCAAGUAUGAGACCACUCGCUGCAGCUGCCGCGGCUCGAAAGAGCAGUUCUGAGGCACGGCCACUGAGGGCAUAUAGCUCACAGCCAAGAGCAUUAUCGAGUAAACAGGCAGAGAAGCGACCACAGAGUUCGCAGUCGGAGCCUCGACCACUCAGACCCGAGUCGCCACAUACACCUAUGCAAGCCAAUCGGCCCACCCUGGAUCUAGCGGAGGACGUCGACGAUGACGCCUCACCGUUGGAUGGAAAAGAUGUCUCUGCGCGGAGACUGGAGUACGUCGAGCCGAUUACUGACUGACCUUGACGUGCCGUCACAGCCGCACGCUAUGAUAUUUUGGAUGAGAUGCGGUGUACUCCGUAUGGGUUCUUGAUAUCAAGAAUUCGUGAAUUGGUCCGUCAUUAUCCCUAUCAAUCAUGGUUGACUUUCAUUUUUGUCGGAGGAAGAAAUAGCCCCCACGAAAAGCAUGAGUGUGGGAAAGGACAAGGAGAGGCAGAGAGGGAAAAGAAAGGAGGUGGAGAUAAAAGAAUAAAGUGGGAAAGAUUGUUGUUUUGCAUGAGCGUGGGCAAGCGUUGUCACAUAAUACCCCCCCCUAUCGUCGGUCUUUUUUUUUGUCUGGGUUAUAUUAGCCUUCUAUUUUCCUGUUGUCAAUGUGUUGAGUCUCGGCUACUCCUCUUCUACUUUAUUUUUCUUGUAUAGACGAAUCGAAUCGAAUCAUAUUGCUGUGUAUUAGACAGGUUUGAAAAAUGUCAAUGCACAUGGCCAAGGAGAAUUGAAAAUCGGGAGUGUGUGGGC